AUGAGUGAAAGAAUCGAAUGGGUUCAAAUUAUCGAACCGAAAUCCAAGGACGUCAUGUAUGCCAAUCUCGUUACUGGCGAGUGUGUUUGGGAAGCACCAGCUGGUGCACGAAUUAAACGUACAGAUGAAAAUCAAUGGUGGGAAUUGUUCGAUGCGAGUACAAAACGGAAUUAUUAUUACAAUGCUAAAAAUCAACGUACGGUAUGGCAGCGACCGCCAGGUGCUGAUAUUAUUCCUUUGGCUAAAUUGCAGAUGAUUAAAGAAAAUACCGAACCGAAAGAUGAACAAAUAACAUCAACAACGAUUACUUCACCCGCGUCGGCAAUCAAUCAUACAGUCCAACAACGUACAAAUAAUACGAAUAAAUGGAAGCAAAUCUCCUUACAGGGUCUCGACAUCUCUCCACAACAGAGUAAAAUCAUUUCACCAUCGAAAAUCUCCACUCCACCAUUGAAUUCAACCGCUCAACGUUCGAUUCGUCGUACAGCAACUGUUGUACAUCCAAACACGAUGUUAACUUCUAGUGUGCCUAGUGAUCCACGUCGCACAACUGCUUGUAAUGAUAUCACAUUACCAACGAAUUCCAAUCAAACGAAUAGUUUCUUUCGUCGACGAACACAACAACAACAAACGUUUAACGGGCAAUUGGAUAAAUCAUCAUCGACUUCAUCAUCAACUAAAUCUUCGUUAAUGGACGAUAAUUCCAAUAAACUCUCUUCCGCGACGUUCUCACUAUUACGACAACUUUCAUCACCAACGAACAAAAGUGAUAAAUCGACCUAUGACAAUCUCAAUAGCGCUACAAUUAGUACUGAUAGCUCAACGAUAUCUUCCACACAUUUAGAAAGAAAAUCAUCGUUUCCUUUGAAUAAAAAAGCCUCACGACAUCUUACCAAUGAUUCAUUGACAAGCGACGCUUAUGAUAAUUACCCUGAGAAAAAUGGUUAUGAUAACUAUCCAAUUAUUCGUAAAACAGCAACACCAUCGUUAAUGACUAGUUCACAAAACGAUACAGAAGAACGGCAAUCAUCCUCAUCAACGAUAGGCACACCACGGAGUGAGUUUAAUACGAAACGCUCGCAAAGUAUCAAUUUAAAAACACCAUUUACACUGAAACCAACACCGAGUGCAACAACAAACGAAGAAAAUAAACGAUCUGGUAGUGCACAUCAUCGAACAAACAAAUCAUCGAUCGUAACGAGCAAAGAUCCACUUUGUAAUCUGAACGCGACGAGCUGUUCGCCUUUAAAUGAACAUAUUUUUAAUCAAAAUUCUCAACUACAUCAACAAUCUCCCAUUCUUCGUCAUAUCAGUAGUCCAUCCUUACAAAGUUCGACUGUACUCAUUCCGCAUCAACAAUCUGUACAUAAAAACAAUAAUAAUCAUGCGUUAGCCAAUUCUUCAAUGGAGUCAUCGACAAUCUCACCAUCGGAGUCUACAUUCAAUCGUCUGUCCUAUGGACGCAAUCGUGUCCGAAAGAAACAACCACGAACCAAUCCUAACUAUGUCAAUAUCGAAAUUAAAAGUAAUGACGGUUCACUUCGGAGUACAUACAUUCGUAUCCAUGACACUCAAAAACCCAAAACAUCAACAUUGUCAUCCUCGUCGUCGAGUAGUUCAUCGUCUUCGUCAACAAAGAAUCCAUCGACAGGCCAGGAUUCGAUUGUUUGCAAUGCGCACUUCCAUUCACAACCAUAUUUGAAUGAAGCCAAUGAAUACUAUACGAGUAAUGAUACAAUUCAUAGUGGAGAGAAAACCACACCUACGAGAAAAUCGUCUCAUCGAGUGAAAACGAACGAAGAACGAAAUGAAAUGAUCUUACAACAACAAGAUGAAAACAAUCCGAUCGAUGAAGCACAGACUUUAACAAAUAAAACUGCUCUACUGAUGAAACAGUUUGUUACGUGUAAUGAUGAAUUUCUUUUCCACUCAGCAACAGAUCCACUUAAUCUAAAUUUCAAUCAAGGAAAUGGUAAUAUUGAAAAUAGUGUUGUCACUAGUGGCGCCGGUGGUGGUGGUGGUACGAAUUCCAAUACAUCAACACUCUCAUCACCAACAUUACCUAUUUACUACGAUGGUCAUUCAAAUUCACCUCCAUUAUCAAAUUCAAUCAUCCCACAUUCAAUUAAUCGAAUGCACGAACCUGAUUCGACAACAUCGAGUUUAAAUCGACCUGUUUCGAUUCAUUUACCUAACAUCAACGAUAACGCAAAUCAAAACACUCAAACAUCAAUUUACAAACAAUGGCCUUCGUCUUCGCCGACGAAAGCACCAGCAGCCAUUGUCGAAAUCGAAUCUGAUAUUUUAUUCAACGAUAUGUUAAACUUCAACACCCAUAAACGUGGUUUAUUUGGUAAACGAUUAACUCAAGAUGAUCUGUUGUCUUGGUCGAAAGAGCCGAUCACUAAACCUCUUCUCCGUACGAUGGAUAAGAUCUUGAAAAAAGAAGCACCAGAGAUUUUCAAACUCAUCCAAACCUACAUGGGCGAUAAGAAAUCGAAACAGAUUGCCUCGUUGAAUACUUGUUUAGAAUUGACUACUAAAGGCUGGAGUUUAUCAUCUAUUCGCGAUGAAUUGUAUCUUCAAUUAAUAAAACAGACAAGUUAUAACAUGAACGCCGAAAGUUUACAACGCGGAUGGGAAUUAAUGGCGGUUUGUUUAUCGUUCUUUCCACCGUCGAGUAAAUUUCAAUCUCUAUUGGAAAAAUACAUCCUAUUGCAAACUAACGGAGAUGCGGAUACUCCCGAAGUACCCAUAUCGAUAUAUGCCAAAGUUUGUCAAAAACGUUUGGAUAAAAUCCUUCAAACUGGUCCCAAGAAAGGUUUGAAGAAGCCGACAUUCGAAGAAAUCGAACUAUCUAAGCAUACAAUUCAUUUCCCAUCGAUGUUUGGCGCUACGCUCGAAGAAGUUAUGGCUAUGCAAAGAACAAGAUUUCCUGAACGACGUUUACCAUGGAUUCAAACCAUCUUAUCUGAAGAAGUUUUACGACUGAAUGGUUCGCAAACAGAAGGCAUAUUUCGUGUCCCGGGAGAUUUGGAUGGUGUCAAUGCAUUGAAAGUCAAAUGUGAUCAAUGGCAAUUACCAUCUCUCGAAGAUGCUCAUCUACCCGCAUCUCUAUUAAAACUUUGGUAUCGUGAAUUAGCUGAACCUUUAAUUCCAUCGGUAUUCUAUGAACAAUGCAUACUCAACUGUGAUAUACCAGAAACAUGCAUUCGUCUUGUUAAUUCUCUGCCAGAUAUCAAUCGAGCUGUUCUCACCUAUCUUGUUCGUUUUCUUCAGGUCUUUGCUGCAUCGGAGAAUGUUGUUAUUACGAAAAUGGAUGUGAAUAAUCUAUCGAUGGUGUUCGCACCAAAUAUCCUUCGUUGUGAUUCCGAAGAUGCAAAAGUUAUCUUUGAAAAUGCUCGUAAAGAAAUGCUAUUUAUCAAAGUUCUGAUAUUAAACUUAGACACAAGUUCAAUCGAAGGUGUGAUUUAA